AUGUCUCUUCUGCUAAUGAGUACCUGGGUGGUUGCGUCCGCAGCUGGUAUCCUCAACGGGGAGGAACUCAGACAGAAGCAGGCAGAGGUGGAUGCGCUGGAUGAGAAAGGCCAGCACAUGAAGGACUACCUGCUUCGGCGGAAGUACGUUGUCGACAAGUACGCGGAACGCAAGAUUGGGGUUGAAUCCUACGGGGAAGCCAAGCACAACCGCUCCUACUUCAGCGGGAAGAUGCAGAUUCGUGCCAGGGAGCGUCGGACUCGACUGGCUGAUCGGGUUCUGGCAGAAGCGAACCAAGUGCCCCCAGAGUAG